AUGGAGUCAGUAGUCGCCGUCCGCACGAACGAAGGCAGCCCAGCAGCGCAGUCUGCUCUGGCCGUACUCGCAGCCACUCUAAACAUCAACGAGAACGCGCUGAAGACGGCUCUCAAUGGUGCAUUCGACCUACUGCCGGCGGCCGCAGGUAACACAAUGCUUGCGCUGCAGAUGAGCUUUCAGCGGCUGUCGUACCACAUUGACAGCAAGGCUUUGGUCGAGAUUAUCAUGACAUUUCGACGAGCAUUCGGCGGCGUUCUGAGUAUGGAACGAGAACCUUCUGGUAGUGCUGGAUAUCGCCCCCUGAAAUACCUGGACGAAUCUCUGUUCCCCAACAACGACGGGGACUUUGCACCUUCAUUCAUGCAGCCACAUGGACCAGCCAGUCGCCUACACACUCGACCCCCAGCGGCAAAUCCACCCCCAUGGGAAGACCCGGCUCAGGCUUGGCGGCAAAGCCAAGCACCGAGGGGCCUACAUAGUCCUGGUGUCUUUGACUUCACUGGACAGCCGCAAGCUCCAGUAGAUCUUCAGAAGCGUGAGCCAGGCACCUUCCCGAUUCCAGUUCCUGGUAGCCGUGAUAGUGCCGUGCGAGGUACACCUGUGGCUCCUCGAAAGACCGUGAAAGCCCCAUCACCUAGCAGCAAUGGUGAAUUCGUGUUCACCGGCUGGAACGAUGAAGCCAAGCGAGAGCUCUUCAUGUGGAAAGUAAAGCGCAAGAAGGGCUACCCUUUCUUUUUGCAUCUAUUUCCUGGUGAGACUGCGGAGUCACUACACGAGGCGUUCAAGUUGUACAAAAAUGAAGGAGAGCGUUUGUUGAACGGAUAA